AUGACGGCCCCACUCACACCGACCGUCAAGAUUUCCAUCGUCUCUCCAACCACCAUCCUAAUACGGAUCACCCCAGCCACUGCUGGCGUGUUAGACUACUACCGGGUCGACGUGGCAGCCAGGCAAUCUGCCCUUGGGGUCGGCCCUGACGGCAUGGCAAGCUUUGAAAUCCCAAGGGAGGCCUGCCCAGAGGUGUUUGUCACUGACUUGGUCCCCAGUGGAACGUACGAUGUCGAGGUCGCCGCCGUUGCCGGGGAAACCGAGAGCAAUGUUGUAACCCAGGAUUUCUCUUUAGAGCCAAUGAUGCCUGGCCAGUUAUAUGUGAACGACCGAAGCCCCACAUCCUUGGAAGUAGUCUGGGGUGCAGUCACCGAUCAGACCUUCAACAACUAUCUUCUCUUCCUGACCCUUGGGAGUGUCCAGGUCAGAGCCGAGGAAUAUCCCAGCAAUGCAGAACGUAGAGUGUCCUUCGAUGGCCUCAUCGCUGGCACAUCAUACAAUGUAGAACUUUUCGCCGAAGGAGAAGAAGUGACAUCCCUCAGCUCUCUAGACACGUCUACAGCACCGUAUGCCCCUGCCAGCUUGUCCUUCCUGUCUGUCGAAGGUCAAGAGGUUGUGGUAGGGUGGCCUCUGGCAGACUCUUACGUUGAUUACUACGAACUCUGCUGGACCCCCUUCAACCAAACACGAAUUCUGGAGCGAAGUGUGACCCAGACCGUUUUGACACUCGACCAAUCAGAUGUGGAGUACACCAUCUCCGUGCAUUCCGUAAUCGAACGUGAAGGGACACACCCUCUCAGGAGCGAGGCCGUCUCUCGUUUCAUCACUAUCGAUGAGGGUUUGGAAGGCGAACUGAAUGUGACUGAUUACAAUUCGUCUUCGAUCUCCGUCGAGUGGAGCGAAGUAGUGAGCAUCGUGUUUGAAAGCUAUGGUCUCCGGGCUGUUAUACAGGGCUUAGGGGUAAUGGUAGAAAGCGAGGUACCCAUCGUGGAUCCGAGGACAUACACCUUCAUGGGCCUAAUACCUGGUGUGAGAUACACCCUCAGUAAUAUCUUACGCGGCUCUGACCCCACUGUGACGAGGAUGGUGCAUCAGAGAACUAGACCAAGCCCUGUUUCUGGCCUCGUCGUGACUUCAGUGACGUCCCAAUCCAUUACCGUCACCUGGCAAGAAGUCACUCAAGGUGUUUUCAAUGACUACGUCGUCACCUACGCUCCCUCCGACAACCCUACUAUGGUCAGGUUUGCCAAUCGCAUUCCUAACAGUGGCGACACGGUUUCUGUCAUCGACGGGCUGCUCCCCGAUACAUCGUACCAGGUGACAGUCUACACCAGUAGUGGUAUAGGUCAGGACCAGACGACCAGUACAGAAGCAUCCGUUAGCCCUACAACCACCGCCCUCCCUGAAUGCUCAAUUCAAGUAAUAGGAACCACAUUUACUGAGAUCACCGUUCAGUGGGGUUCAUGUCCCAACGUCUUCGGUAGCUACCAAUUGACCUUUGACCCUAACCCCAACGACCUGCAGCCAGGGAACGUUCCAAUAAAUGGAGAAUUUGAAUACACUUUCUCCAACCUGGUCCCGGGACAGAGGUACAUUGUUGGAAUCAGAGACGCCGGCGCGAGUGAACCGUACGCGACGGACGCUGUCUAUACAGAUCCCAAUUCACCCACCGUUCUGGUGGCAGCAGAGGUAACGACUUCCAGCCUCACGGUCCAGUGGACUCCUCCCGUGGGUGAGUACGAAUCGUUCAGGCUGGAACUAAACGGCAUGAACGGGGUGCAGCAAGCCACUUUGGGAAGGGACCAGAUUGAAGAAGGCAGCCAGCCUUCCUUCAUGUUUGAUUCUCUGAGGCCAGACACACCUUACACGGUCAGCAUCUGGACUGUCGUUGGAAGCGACAGCCUCCAGAAGAGCAGCGCUCCGUUGGAAGAAGAAUUCACAACAGAUGCCUUGGAACCUCGGCAGCUCUCAGUCAUCGCCGUUGGCUCGCUUUCCAUCACCGUGGUUUGGGGAGAAGUGACGGACAUCGACUUCGCUGAGUAUGUCAUCCGGUUUCAACCAUCCACCGGUAGUGCGAUUUACGCAAGAGUCCCAAGGCAUCAGCCAAGAGAGGCCACUUCAUCUAACCUACUGCCUGGCCAGCUCUAUACCAUCUCACUGCUUGCCAUCCAGGAGGACGGUUUGCUGGAUGUCCCGUCUUUGAGUGAUAUCGAUCAGCGCACAGGUAAGAAUUUGCUUAAUAGUUUCUACAUCAUAUCAUACAGUCUCACCUGUGUCCCUUUGCAUAAAAGAUACUAUUUUGGUAACUUUGCCAUCCAAUGGUAACGACCAUGGUAACGCUAAUCAACAGCCACUCAAAAUCAAGGAUUCCAUGCAAGUUACCUUUGCAUGGCAAAAUUACCAUAAUGGUGACUUGUAUGCAACGGGGCCCUUGGCCCUGUCUUACAAAGAGUUAUGAUUGAUCCGAUCAACCUCAACUCUAUGGAAAUCCAUCAAUGUCAUAAUUUUUUCUUCAGGAAAUUUACACAAUGUCGUUUGUAAGCAAAGAAAAGCACACUGAAUUUUCAAGAAAACAAUGAAUAUAUGAAUAUACAGCAUAUCGAGGUAAUAUUUGAACAAACAUGCAUUUUAGAUGUGGACGUUGAUGGCUUUCCAUAGUUGUGGUUGAUCUUUUUGUAAGGCAGGGACCAGGAGGGUGAUUCAUAAAGCUGUUUGUAAAGUCACGCAAAACUCUAUGUACGGCUGGAACAUAUGUUAGGUACUACAUGUAUAUACUUUUAUCUUGUAGCAUGAGAAAGGGUCCUUUUUUUAGAUAGUUCUUUGGGCCUGAUGUUGCCAUCAUAAAAUGAUGAAAAGUGACCCAUGACUGCCACAUAAUAAACCAUUUAUAAGAAAAUGAUGUCACGAUAGUAAUUAAAUGGAAUGGGCAGUCAACCCAAAACCAAAUAAAGCCAGGGGCUGAAGCCUCUUGCAUCUGGGACUAAAACAAGUUCUCCCCUUCACAGUACGAAUGGGUGCAAGCUAGGGUUGUCAUCCCAAAAGGAAGCCUAGUCAGCUAGGAGCCAAUCUUGACCUUGACUUCUAACCUCCCCUAUUUUUGUGGGUCAGGUCAUUCCUAACUUUCAAACAGCUUUAUGAAACACCCACCCGCUCCAGCGAAAAUGGGUGACCUGUCUAUAAAGACAUUUGCUUUCCGUUCAUUAGGAAGCAUCUACUUGCACAUUCCCGUCUGCUCUAGCACCACCUGUUUUAGCC